CGUCUACUUCGUCGAACACGACCAGGAAUUCUUGGCAUGGUGAUUUGAUGUUCUGAAAACUUGAAAUAUAUUUCUACAGUAAAAGGACCACAAGAACAACGUUUAAGAUGCCUCUAAACUUCAUUUAAGAUGAAACUUCAGUGUAACGUGGAAAUCGGUAAUAGGGUAUCUUCAACAAAUAUAGUAAGAAGAAAAUCUCAACGUUCCAUUUUGGCAAUUGGCAGGCAGACGACAAAAAAUACAGAGCUCCAUAUUCUUUGGCAAACAUUUCAAAAUAAGCAGGGUACUAAGUACAAGGUUGAUAAUAAUAUAAGCCAAAUAUUUAUAAAAUUCAUCAAUGAAGGAAAGGCAACAAUUCGGUUCAUAGAACCACCACAUGAUUUAAUAAUACAAGCCGACACAAUUCAAUUAAAAAGUUUCAUUCAUAUUUUAAAACUUGGAAUAACCAAGAAGAUUGAUCCGUCAGUUCUAUCUGUUUCAAAUUUAAACCCAAAAUGUAUGAAUUCUAUUGGAAAGACUAAAGUAACAGUUAGUAAACCUACUGAAUAUCCAAUCUUGGAAGGUUUUCCGAGAACGACAGAAGAAUUACAUCUACCAGGAUUGAACAGGAAAUCAUUUGAUAGACAAAUUUUGAAGCUCCAAAGCCUAAGGAUAUUGAAUUUGUCUAAUAAUCAAAUUUCGUCUUUACCAAAGGAAUUAGGCACUUUGCAACAUUUGCAGGAACUCAUUUUAUCACAAAAUCGACUGAAUAAAGCUGUAAAGUGGGCAUGGCUAGAUGAAACUGCCAUGAAAUUUAAUUUAAAAUUACUGGAUAUAAGUAAUAAUAUGUUAGACAAAUUGCCUGAACAAAUUGGCAAACUUGGUGCUCUUGUUAAUUUAAAAGCGAGUCAAAAUGUGUUGUCGUAUUUACCACACAGCAUUGGAAAAUUAUUUAAUUUGAGGUAUUUGGAUAUAUCGAAAAAUAAUUUAUAUUGCUUGCCUGGGAGUAUGAGAAAUCUACGUCUCGUUUCAUUGGAUAUAUCAAACAACGCAUUUAAAAAUCUGAUUUUUGAUGUUAAACUCCAAUCUGAUAUAGUUAGUUUAACCGAAUACGCAGCUAGAUCAUUCCUUAAAACAAGAUGCCCGUAUGAUGCAAGUAUUAUUCCGUACACGUUGGUUAAAUAUUUAGAUAACGCUAAGUAUUGUAUUUGUGGUGAUGCCUGUUUUCAAUAUUAUGCAAGAAAAUUUGUGGACUUCUCCUUGAACGCAAUAGCUAGUAAUAUAAAGUCAUCAGGAAAUGCUACAAUACCGUUUGAUUGUUACUUUUGCUCAAUUAGAUGUACAAAUCCUGUAAACUCAAGAUUGAUCUUAGACAGAAAUGUAAAUCCAUGAAAGAAUUUUCGUCUAUUUUGCAUAAAAGGAUUCGAAAAUCAAUGUAACAGUAUAUUUUUAUACAGAAUAUUAAAAGAAAUAUUUAAUGAAA